AUGAAUGAUGAUCCUAUACACGAUGCACCAGUUAUGGAUGAUAUUGCUAUGGAUGAUGACCCUACUGGUGGAAAUAUUGACAUUGUUGAUGAAGAUAUUCUUACUCAGCCAUUUUUGGGAGAGCCAACUGAUCCAUCAAUCCUUAAACGUUUUAAAAGUCACGUUGCCAUAGCUAUUUGGAAUGUGUUGAUGAAAGGGGGCCCUUUUAAGUGUCAUAAUCACUUGUCUAAGUUUCGUUCAUGGCCGUGGUGGGAACAAGGCAACAAUGCUACAUUUGUAAACAUUGUGGAGUUGUUAGGACUUGCACACUUAGCUUGUUGCAAGUGCCGCUUUGUCAACAAAAUUGUUGUGCCCAGUUUUGUUGAGAGAUGGCAACCGGAGACAAACACAUUUCAUUUGACUAUUGGAGAGAUGACUAUCACAUUGGACGAUGUUGCCACUAUCCUAGGACUUCCAAUUGUAGGCAAAUCUAUUAGCAAGCGUAAGUUGUCAGAAAGACAGGUCAUUGCACUAGUAGUUAAUACCUUGGGAAUUGAUAAGCAAGAGGUCAGACAUGAGAUGUCUAGUGUUGGUGGCAAUUCAGUGAGGCUUGAGUGGUUGAGGGCACACUUUCAUAAUGUUACAGACGAUGAUUCAAUGGAAAGAAUUGCAUGUGCAGGUUAUUUGGGACUCGCAUCAGAGUUGCAGAGAUGUCCAUCUAUCUCACCCAGUUGUGUUCUACCAUUGUUGCCUAAAGUGUUUGGAAGUAGUUGA